AUCUGCUGACUGUAAUACGCUCAUAUCGCUGGCCAUAUUGCUCAAGAUCUCGGUCUGACAAAUCGGAUUUUACUGCAUUUUCUUCACAUUUAAUUAUUUUCUGGGCUUUGCCCAGCAGAUUACUAGUCAGCAUUAUUACAUCAGCUAAUCGUAAAAGAAAAUGGUUUUGAAUUCAGGACUUACGGACCUUUUAAACCGAAACAGGCUGCCAGAUGGUGGAGCACUAUUACUCAUCUUGCUGUAUAUCCCAUGCGGUCUCUUCCUUGUAAUAUUUAGAAUCUUCUUUGCACUUCAACUAUUUCUAAUAUUGUCAAUUUUACCUAAAGAGUCUUUUGUGAGAAGGAUUCUUUUUAGAGUCUCUUCUGCUAUACUAGGCAUAGCAGUCACCCAAGAGGGUUGUGAAAAUUUUAUCACAGGCCAGCAUAAGGUUGUUGUCAGCAAUCAUGUGACAUCUCUGGAUAAUGUUGCCAUUGAAACUAUUCUUCCCAGUGUUAUGCCAUACAGUAGAUGUGAUUGUCCAUGGCUCAUUAAGUGGCUCCUGGGAUAUGAAGACUUAAGUGAUGACAAAGACAAAGAAAAUACAGAUAGCAAGAUCAAGGAAUACUUGCAAGGGUCUGGUGUUCCUCUUCUAGCAUUUCCAGAAGAACAAAUCACUAAUGGAAAGAGAGGCCUUCUGAAGUUCAACCCAUGGUGUUUUCAAUUUAGCAGCACUAUAUUGCCUGUUUUAAUCUCAGUGAGACGUCCUCUGAUUGUCCAGAUACCUCCUCAUGUUUUAGAGAGUGGUUGGUGGCAAGAUUUGUUCUGGUCCAUGUUUGUUCCAUAUACACUAUAUCAUAUCAGGUUAGUACUCACAUGUGAAGUUUCUACCACUGUAAACCUAGAAAGAUGGGAGGAUGUAGAUGUGAGACUUCUCAUAACCACAUAUGCCAAUAAUAAGCAUUUGUUUGGCGGGAAAGCAAUGAAGAAAGAUUUGUUUGAGAAAAUAGCAGAACAGUUUACUAAGGCCUCCAUUUUGAAUAUUCACAGGAGAUUCAGAGAAGCGACAGAGAGGGCGCAAGCAAGGGUUCAGGCUCAUGAAACUAGAUCAGUCCAAAAUGGUAGCACCCCUUCCAAUCAGGACAGUGCAAGUCCCAACACAAGGCUCAUGCGAAUGGUACAGCAAGUAAAGGAAGUACUACCACAAGUUCCUUCUCCAUCUAUAGCAAGAGACUUGAGCCGUACACACUGCGUUGACACAACCAUUACCAACAUUCUGGAGGGAAGAGUUAGUUAUAUACCAGAGAAAGAAGGAAAUGAGGCCAAAUCAACUAGUGAUGUUCAAAGUACUUCUUCAGGACUUUCUAGUGAGACAACACCAACCAGACCACAGACAAUAACAUUUUCACGCCUUCCAGAUGAAAGGCAAAAACUUCUCAGUCAAAGAAAGAAAGAAAUGUUAGAAAAUGCGAGAAGGCGCUUUAGAAACAGUCAGGCUUAGGAUUCCAGUUAUUUGCUGAGACCUGCCUGAAAGUUAUGCUGGGUCAUUGCUGCCCCCUCCACCUCCCCACCCUGUCCCCUUCCCUAACAUCUCUGUUGUGUUGAUGUGAUGUGCACCAUCAUUUGAGUUUAGAAAAAGAAGAAAAAAAAACUGUUAGUCCAUUCUUUAAAAUCUUAUUCAUUUGCCAGAAACCUGAGCAUCAACCCAGGUAACACUUUGGCAGAUGUUCAGUUCAACGUGUUCAUUUUUGGGCGGGGUGAAGUAAUAUUUCAGAGGAGAAAUUAUGAGAUAUUUAAUUGCAAACGCAAGUUAUCACAUACACUGUCAUUUGUCUUUGCCGCUAUCAUUGUUUUAAAGGCCUACUCUCACCUAUAUGCAUGGCACAUAAUAAAAAGUUUUCAUUUUAUGAAAACCUGCGAAACUUGUCUGAAAGAAUGGGGAGUUGCCAUUUGAAGUUUUGUGUGCUGGACAAAGUUGCAAAACGAUCCCUUAAAAGAAAGGGUACUUAAAAUUGCAGGCUCAGGAUGGACCUGAUUUGAAAAUAAUAUAGCCAAGAACAAUUUGCAGAAUCUCAGAAAACAAGCAACACUGCAGGAAAAAGUCUGCUCAAUAGCAUUUAUUGAAUAAUGAUUAUUCAUACAGGUUUUCAACAAAAAAAUAAUUUAAAGUUUAAGUUAGAAUUCUAAGUUUGAUGGGUCAGACUUGCAAGUUAGAACGACAUCCAUUGACUUUUAGUGUUCUGUGACUGACAUCACAAUGGUUAUGGGGAUGAAACUGUUAACUAUAGAAAGUUGUUGCUAAGGCUCCCAGUUUGUGGUUAGCACAAAUUUUGCAUUAAUUAUUAACUUCUAACUAAGCAUUGUUAUGUUGUUGUUUAAAAGUUGCUGUCAGAGUAUAAAUAAGAAACCAAGAAAAACAGGUGUGAUCUGAGAAAUGUCUUUUUAUUAGCAGGAGUUCAGUUUUUGCAAUGACUAAUAAAACCUACAAGGGCAAAGCAUUUUCUUUAAAACAGAGUUUUAAAAUUACUUGACAAUGUUGUUUACAUCUUAAUUUCAUAUUGCUUUGUUGAUCUCAAUUUAUUUUUGACUUGUGCCUAUACGUGAACAGUGCCCUUAAACAGUUCUUAUACAAAUGACUUAAAUUCUGCUUUGUCCUCAACAUUUGGAAACAAAGCAUUUUCUUUAAAACAGAGUUUUAAAAUGACUUGACAAUGUU